CUGGGGACAGAUGGAGCUCCUGGUCCCUUGGCUUCGGCCAGGGAGCCGGUCCCGCCCAGACUCCAUCCCAGGGAGGGCUGCCCCGCGAGCCUCCGGACGGCCUGGGGCCGGGGUGGACGUGCCUGGCGAGCAGGGCCCGACGCUCGUUCCCCCAGGGACCUACGACGUGAAAUGCUACGAGUGCACGAUCAUCAACAGCUUCCGCUGCACCAACCUGAGGGUCUGCAAGUAUGAGACCAGGCGCUGCUUCACGCUCUCCGUGCGCCUGAACCCCCGUGAGCUGAUGGUGUUCAAGAACUGCACGGAUAACUGCACCUUCGUCUACAAGGAGCACCAGCCCCCGCCGGCCACGAUCAGCAGGUCCCUGAGGACCAACAGUUUCUACUGGAUCAAUUGCUGCGGGGGCAUGACCUGCAACGACGGGGGACCCAGCAACGUGGAGCGCGACAUCGUGCCCCCCGAGCCCAUCGAGGAGGAGAUAGAAAGCGCGGCGGUCCUGUGGAGCUCGGGACUGUUCCUGACCUUUGCCUCCACCCUGGUCGGCAGGACACUGACCUGACAACCCUUCACCUCGGCGUCGGUCCGUCACCCCUCCGGCCUCAGAGCAGGCUCACUCCCCUUUGCUGUCUCCUGAACCAGAGACACGGCCCCCCACCCCGUUGUGGAGUUACCCGUUUACGGCUUGUUGAAGAGAAAAAUGAA